UUCCGUAGGAUGUCGUGGCGUGAGAACGUAGGCUGAACAGUUAUUCACGUUCUUGUAGGAAAGAACGAGAUUUUUCAUUAAUUUUGGGCAGUGGUGUGACUAUUUAGGAAAAACGUAUUUGGGACAUUGUUUAAAGCAGUAAGAUGAGGCGUGCAGGGUUGGGUGAGGGAGCCCCUCAAGGAAAUUAUGUUGCAAGUGGGUACAGUGUUUAUGAGGAGGAGAACGAACAUCUACAGGAAGGCCUUAGAGCGAAAGUAAACGCACUAAAGCAUCUAUCGAUUGACAUUGGGAAUGAAGUCAAAUACCAAAAUAAAAUGUUGGGAGAGAUGGACACAGAUUUCGAUUCAACUGGCGGUCUGCUGGGAGCCACCAUGGGCAGAUUGAAACUGCUGUCCAGAGGAAGUCAGACCAAAAUCUACUGCUACAUGCUGCUUUUUGCUCUCUUCGUCUUUGUAGUCCUUUACUGGGUGAUCAGACUGAGGUGAUACCUAAUGAAUCUGACCCUUCUUUAGACCCACUCUCCCCUGUGUGCCAUGGCCCACUAGAUCGGAUGAUCAGACAGUUACGAUCAGGGUAGUGAUUUCAACAAUAAAGAUAAGGAUUGAGAUGAUUGAGUACCAUUAAAAUCUUGAGAAAUCUUUGUCAGUUAUUGUGCAGUGCUGGAAGGAAAGAACUCUUAACAUGCCAGAAUUCCUCACUGCCACAAGUAAGUAAUUUUAGAGUUAAAGGAUUUCAUUGCUUUUGGUUUCAGUAUUGCUUCUGAGAUACAAUGAUUUUGAUGCAAUAAUCAGUGUACGUCAUUGCUUAUAUGCAGCCUGUUCUGGGAUUGAUGGUCCUAUAUCUGACAUCUGUGCCACAAUUUAAUGUGUGCAUCAUCUAAAUGUGUCAUUAUUAUGAACUGAAUACAACAAAGAUGUUUGUACAAGUGAGCAGAUUUAGGCUACACUAAUGCAGGUCGAAUAGAGCACAGAGUAGAAAAACAAACUGGCAAAAGCUUUGUCUGUUUUGUCAAGGUAAUUGUGGGUACUGUCAACUGCUAAGAGUAAUUUGGCUUUGCAUGGUGUAAACACAUUAAUGAGCCGGCCUUAAGGUCAUCUUAUACUUUCAGAAUCAUUAAGGAAGGUUGAGACAACAGCUACAAGAAACCUCUUUGAAAUGUUUUAAUACUGGAUGCACAAAAGGAUUUUAAGCAGUUAUGGGAAGUCCAGGCUGAGACUUUUCUAUUUCUCUUUUCAAGGCAUAUUGUCAGUGCAUAUUAUUGAAAUUCUGUUUUUGAGGCUAAUGAUGAGGAAACAAACUUGAUAUCAUCUUGUUAAGCUUUCAGUUGGAUUUGUUUAGCUUUUCUGUUAAAUGGAUUCACUUCUUGGCUAUCAUUGCUGUCGGAAUAAAAUCUCCAUAAUUGUUUUUAAUGCUAUUUGAACAUUCUAGCCUCUUUUUGCAUUGUGAGAAUAUUUUAUGAUGAAUGGACUGAAGGAAAUGGCCCAAAUUUAAGACUUUUUACAUUAACAUACAUAUAAAGUUGUGUUUUUUCCCCAUCUGCUGUUGCCAUUUUGGAGAUGUGAGGUUUUGUUCCAACAGCAGUGAUAUAUAGAGCAUCUUACAGUUAUCUCUGUAAUAAUACAUAUUUUUUGUUGUAUUUCUUACUUGUGAAAUGUAAGUAAGGAAACAGGCAUUAAAUGUUAACUGAAGAGCA